AGAGUUCCCACUGCAUGCGGCAAAAAUGUGGCUAAAAAAAUCAAGUCCAAAUAUAAUUUUAAUACAGAACAGUAAACAUAAUGCCAACCGGACACAGAAAAUUUUGCCUACUAUUGCAUCCAAUUGAAUUCAAGCACUGGACACAAUUGCUCCAAGGGCACUCCCCCUGAUGAGUGUAAUAGAAGUGGAUUAUCGGAAUAAAACACUGCAUGGGAGGGAUGAACAGUAUACCAGAGGAAAAUGAUGAAUCUUGCUAUCCAGAGGCCAUUUCUAGAGAUGCUGACCAAGGAGCUAGACCAUCUCAGAACCACACAGGCUAUGGUCAACCGAUGUAUCUUCCAAGUAAAGACACAGGCUAUGGCUCUCAUUCCCCUGAUCGAAUGGGUAUAAAUAACUUGGAUGCUCCACAAACUCUUAUUUCAUACAGUGGUAGCAUGGAUCCUGUAAAUCAUGUUAGAGCAGAGAAAAGGCAUUAUCCGCACUGCAUGCUCAAUGAUAACUCACCUCUGCAGCAGCAAUACUACCAUGAAAUACCCCAGCAGCCAAACAAUCUGCUUCCUUGUAGUAGACCACAGCAACAGCUUGAUAUGCGUGUGGGUGCUGUUCCUCACGGUGUGAAUGAAUAUGAGUGGCAGGAAAAUCAGCAUCAUAGAAGGUAUCGAGAAAAUCCCAGGAUCGAACCAAGAGGUGUACUAAAGACAAGCAAUUUACCAGAAGAAAUGCGUAAAGUUUUUAUCACAUACUCUGUAGACACUGCCUGGGAGGUACUCCGUCUUGCAGAUCUUCUCCGAGCCAAUGGAUUUCAGGCCACAGUGGACGUGCUUGAGGGAUCAUUACGAGGCAUGGAUAUUAUCAGGUGGAUGGAACGAUAUCUGAGUGAUAUGAGUGUCAUGAUAAUCGUGGCAAUCAGUCCACAAUACAAGGUGGAUGUAGAGGCUGAUUCAUCCCGACCAUCAGAUGAUCAUGGCCUGCAUACUAGAUACAUACACAGAAUGAUGCAAAUAGAGUUUAUAAAACAAGGAAGCCUCAAUUUCAGAUUCAUUCCAGUGCUUUUCCAGAAUGCUACAAUGGAGCAUGUGCCAGCCUGGCUGAGAAACACUAAUAUUUAUCGGUGGCCAGAGCAAACAAACCAUCUCAUCUUGCGUUUGUUACGGGAGGAGGUAUUUAUAACCCCACCUGUUGGAAAACUGCCAUUACUUCAAGUACAGUCAAUCCUAAGACCUUGAUGAGGGCAAGCAUAGCAGGCCUGCACAUUACAAGGUGUCUUGUUCAAGGUUCCUGAUAUUCCAACAAUCUGCUGGGAGGAAGCAGACAUGAUAUCCAGCAUUUUUUUUACUUUUACUCUUAAUGAGGGCAUUUCACUGGGGUCUGAGCAUUAUUGUACUUGCUUGUUUUAUUCUCUGUGUUUAAAGGAAAACUAUACCCCCCCAAACAAUGUAGGUCUCUAUAAAAAGAUAUUGCAUAAAACAGCUCAUAUGUAAAACCCUGCUUCAUGUAAAUAAACCAUUUUCAUAGUAAUAUACUGUACUUUUCUAGUCGUAUGUGCCAUUGGUUAAUCAUAAAAAGAAAAUUGGCAUUUUAAAAAAUAAGGGCCACAAACAUACAAAGAAACCAUACUCGAUAUUCGAAUUCGAAGGAUUUAACUUCGAGGGUCGAAUUUGAGGGUUAAUUAACCCUCGAUAUUCGACCCUUGAUAAAUAUGCCCCCAAAUAUGAUGUAAAUUGUCUGUUGCUUAAGUGUUCAUUUUGGGGAUAUAGUUUUCCUUUAAUAUAAAGUGUGCAUGGCUAUCGUGGUGCUUCACAUUCAAGUGUUUACUACAACCAUCAACCUUACAAACCCACACACCUCACACAUACAUUUACAGACUUAAGCUGGCCUUAGACACAACGAUCUGAUCGUACGAAUCGUGGAUUUGUACGAUUUUCGGAACGUGUGUAAAGAGUCCCGAUAUUUUUCGGUCGUUUGGUCGAUCAGACAGGUUAAAAGAUUUCUGUCGACUGCCGAUAAUAUCUCUGCGUGUAUUGCCGAUCGUACGAUUUUCAGUGGGAGACUGUCACUAGCUUUGUCUAUCGUAGGAUUGCUGUCAGGGGCAGAACAUCGGCUGAUCUGUUCUUUAACUACUUUAUUUGGUUGGAAUGGUAAGACUUUGAUCUGAAUGGUUAGUGACAGGUCGGGACAUGGGAAAGUCCGAUCGUACAAUGAUUCGUACGAUCGGAUCUUUGCGUCUAUGGCCAGCUUAACACUAACAUACAUUAAUCACACAUAUUGAUGCUAAGACAAAAAUGUGUUUGAUUUUGCUGGAUAUGAAAUAUUGCAUUGGCAAUACAAAUGUACGUUUCACUUUUGAAUGUGUAAGUCAUUUAAGGGGUACUGCAAUUCUCUGACGGUUCUUAUAAUGAUAUCCAAUGAUACCUGUAACAUUUUUCCAAAGAUCUGUAAUACAUGAUCCUUUCACUAGAUGGUGCAGUAAGAUAAAAUGUGCCUCUACUUUGUUUUGUUCGUAAAUGUCAUCUGGUAUGGCUGCUUGGCCUACAAGACAGAAUUCCUUAGCCUUUAAUGCAUAUACUGAAUGUAGACAUAAUAAAAUAUUUGUUUCUGUCGAUUAUUGCACUUUACAGCAAGUCAGUACAACUCUUGAUGGAUAGUUGCUGAAAAAAAAAUGAUUUUGCCGAUUUUUUUGUAUUUUUCAAUUGAACAAAAAUAAAACGUGGUAUGGUGGCUUA